CACGCUUCGUCUUGUAUCCGGACCGAGCCGCGAUGUGGGCGCUGGACGAGACAGCGCUGGACCUCGUACAGCGAACGUGGUACGACGCGCCUUUCCGCUGUGGUAUCGACGUCGUCGACGCCGUCUUCCCCGAUGGCAUCCCAUCGCGCGCCGUCUUGGAGCUCUACGGCGACGCGGCGAGUCCGCGCAGCCUGAUGCUCCAGCACCUCGUCGCGACCUUUCUCCUCCAACAGCCGAAUGGCCGCGUCUACUACUUUGAUCACGAGUGCCAUCUCGACGCGGUCGAGAUGCGCUGCAUUCUCGAGGGCUACGCCGCGCACGACGAAGCGGCGGUCGUCAGCGCCAUGCAGCGCCUCGAGCUCUUUCACGCUCCGUCGACCGCGGUAUUUUCCGCCGAGCUGCGCAAGGUGCAUGACGAGCUGCUCGCCGCCAAGACACGCCCAGCCAGCGUUCUUUUGGCCGUCGACGCCAUUAGCUCGUUCCACUUGAUCGACAAGGCCACGGCGCUCCGCGUCGGCGAGGGCGUCGCGCCCAUCAGCGCCAUCUACGCGCAGCUCAAGGAGUUUGCCCGCACGCACUCUGCGUUUCUGUUUGCGACCAAAGCAAACGAGGUGGGCAAAGGCUGGGGCCACUCCGAGUACAUGCCAAGUGUCUGGUCGUCCCUCGUCACCAAGCGGCUCUACUUACGGUAUCUGUCCUCUUGGUAUACUUUCCGAGUGGAAAUCUCCAUCACAAAAGGACACGGACGUCGCCAGGGACGGCGUUUCCAUCCCCCGAUCAGUCGUCGUUCCAACUGCGCCAUUUUGCAAACGGCGAAGCGCGCAUUCUGCCCUUUGGCCUCGAGAACCAUCGGCUUGUCUUGCUUGGUCCGUCGCAAGCAUGAAUACAGUCCACUGUGGGGUUAGGUCAAACGGUUAGGCUUCUAUGUCGUACUUCAUCACGAGCUCCAUAUCAAAUGCACAGUCGUCGCCAAGCAUGGUGGUCAUCGCCCGCACGACCGCCUUGUGCGUCGCCUCGAGCUGCGAUAGCCAGCGAUUGCUGUAGCU